UUGAAUAGGUCCCUGUUUGUGGUAAGGGGCUUGACCGAAGUCUUGGCAUUCUCGCGAGGUGAACCGACAAGUCUUGCAGAUCCCAUCAAUAAGUGGAUUUUACUCUACGUACCUCUCGAUUUCCCUCCAUGCGUGAUUUUUUUUUCACCGUCAUGCUGAUCUGAAGGAGAUGCGUCGAGACAUUGUAUCCAGAGAACAGGGGCAGGGAAAUAUUGUCACCAAAGUGUCAGAGGCUGCACCUGAUAUGUAACAAACAGGGAUAUAUAUUAUUUUCAACGUUAUUAUUUAUGUUUUAUAUUUCAAACUACAACUAUCUGGAUUUUGCUUCGUGCACACAUUGCACUGGUACACUGGACAUAAACCCCACAAAAUGAGUCAGGAAAUAUCAGAUGUCCCGAAAGAACUGCUUGAGAGUGUUAAAGAUGCAGUGGGGAGAAAGAUCAAGCUGGCAGUUAAGAAGAGAGUUAAACUGGAGAUCAAAGGAGACAGGUUGGAGAACAGAGUCCUGGCUCUGUCAUCUCAUCGAGCUUACCUCCUUAGUGCGCGAAUCCCUACCAAGGUAGAGCAGACUUUCAAUUAUCUUGAGAUUCAAGGCAUCACAUGUAACAAGCCCGCACAGUUUGCAGUAGAAUAUGACCGAGGUCAGAUAUCUCUUAAGAUGGCAUCUACAGAGGAGGUGAAUGAGGUGGUUGCCCACAUAGGAAGCUGUGUGAAGAAAAUCUGUCCCGACCUGCCUCCUCUGAAGGUGAUAAAGAGAUUAUCCAUGGAGCCUCCUGAGAGGAUCAGCACUCUGCAGACACUGUGGGAAAAUCAGAGUGGAUCUGAGCCAGGGCCCUGUGGGGGUUUCUCGCAGCAGUACAGGUGUGUUUGCGACUGGUUUGGCGUGCCCUAUCGGGAGGAGGUUCAGUGGGAUGUAGACACAAUUUAUCUGACACAAGACACACAAGAACUUAACCUUCAUGACUUCAGUCACCUAGAGAACAGGGAUUUGGUGGCCAUAAUUGCUGUUCUGGAAUACAACCAGUGGUUCACCAAGCUAUCCUCAAAGGAUUAUAAACUGUCUACAGAUGUUUGUGAGCAGAUUCUGAGAGUGGUAGCCCGAUCAAGCCAACUAGAGGAGCUGGUUCUGGACAAUGCUGGAGUUAAAAUGGACUUUGCACAGAAAUUGGCAAAUGCCCUCGCCCACAAUACCCACUCAGGACUGCACACCUUAAACCUUGCCAACAAUCCUCUUGAAGAUAAAGGAAUUGCCUUUCUGGGAGCACAGUUUGCCAAACUUCACAAAGGCCUGAAGCAUCUGAACUUCUCAAGAACCUCAUUAUCACCCAAAGGGGUGAACAGCCUUGCUCAAUCACUGAUUGCGAACCAGGUCAUUACAAACACUCUCACCCACCUUGACCUCUCAGGAAAUGUGCUGCGGGGGGAAGACCUAACAAGUUUCUACAAUUUCCUUGGGCACCCCAACAGCCUGCACUCCCUGGACCUGUCCAACACAGACUGCUCCCUUGACUUAGUAUGUUCUGCACUGCUCAGAGGGUCUGUCCAGCACCUCACUGUCCUUAACGUGUCAAAAAGUGUAUUUGCACUCAGGAAAGGUAAAGAUGCACCGCCUGCUUUUAAAAACUUCUUCAGUAGUGCAAUGGUUCUCAGCUCCAUCAACAUAUCAGGAACUAAAUUACCCCCAGAAGCCUUAAAAGCUCUUCUACUGGGUCUGGCAAGUAAUCCCAAUGUUAAAGACGUCUCUCUGGAUCUCAGCUGUUGUGAGCUGCGUUCUGGAGGUUCCCAGAUCCUAGAGGGCUGCAUUGCUGAAAUUCCCAACAUCUCUUAUCUGGACAUCUCUGAUAAUGGUCUGGAUGCUGAUAUGGCAACUCUGUUAGUAUGGCUGACCAGGAACCACUCUAUAAGACAUCUUUCACUGGGAAAGAAUUUCAACAACAUCAAAUCAAAAAAUCUGACUCCUGUCUUGGACAACCUGGUAUAUAUGAUUCAAGAGGAGGAAUCGCCUCUGACUUCUCUCUCUCUGGCAGACUCUAAGCUCAAGACUGACCUCACUAUUGUAAUUAAUGCUCUGGGUAGUAAUAGUUCUUUGACACAUGUGGACAUAAGCGGGAAUGGAAUGGGAGACAUGGGGGCCAAGAUGCUUGCAAAAGCUCUACAGAUCAACAGUAAACUGCAUACAGUCAUCUGGGACAGAAACAACAUCAGUCCACAAGGCCUUCAGGAUGUUGCAGCUGCACUGGAAAAAAACUUCACUAUCCGUUUCAUGCCUAUCCCUAUCAUAGAUGCAUCACAGGCUCUUAAAAUCAGUCCUGAGAAGACAGAGGAUGCUUUACUAAAGAUUGAGAAUUUCCUGUAUAGGAAUCGUGAAACCCGGAAGUAUGUCCAAGAGCAAGCUUACCGACUCCAACAGGGUAUAGUCACCACUACCACACAGAAGAUGAUUGACCAGAUAUGUGUGAAAGUCCAAGACCAUCUUAACCUUCUUAAGAACACAGAGAAAAACGCCAUCCAGGAAGAUGUCAGAAUGGCAGAGAACUUCCUGAGGGAUGCAAAAAACUCAAAAACACUUCUACCCAACCUGUACCACCUAGGCGUUCCUUCCAGAGAGAAGGCCAAUACCUCUUCAGUGGGACCGAUCCAGGAGAAACUGGACUCUAUGGCAGGAGAGGUGACACGGAUCAUGGAUAAACAGCUUCAGAUGCUUCUGGAGUCAAUGGUAGAUGCUGCUGAGAGUUUGUGUCCCCAUGUGAUGAAGAAAUCCAACAUGCGACAGGAUCUUAUUGAAACUGGCAUGACCAAGAUGAUUGUUCCUCGCAGCUUCAUCAAGAACACACUUCUUGAGCAGUCUGGCAUUGAUAUAAUGAACAAGAUCAGUGAAGUGAAGCUCAACCUGGCAUCUUUCCUUUCAGAUCGAAUUGUUGAUGAGAUUUUAGAGGCACUUUCCAGCUCACAGCAGACACUGGCCGAACAUCUGGUGGGGAAAGGGCACCCCCUGCGGCAACAGGAAUCUUAUGACAUGGAUGUUCCAGAGGAGAAAAUUCCUAAAUACUUCACCAUCCAUCUGGUAGAGGGUGAAAGGCUGGAUUACACAGAGGUCUGUAUGGAGCUGGAAGAGCUGAUGGGAGGGAUAGGUGGGGUCCUUCACGAUACUGGUGGCUUUACCAGAGCAUCGUGCAAAGAAAAUGUCCAGAAGGGAGGGGAGAGGGAAUGUGGUGAGAUCCUCUGUGACGUGCACCCCCAGGAAUUUAGUGCUGCUGACUCUCUCCACAGCCGAGCUGUCGAUGGGUGUUUCAUCGUUGUUGCUGAUGAGACCUUCUACCGUUGGGUCAUCAGCAAACUUGAUGAUGUGGUUGGAGCUGAACUUGGCAGUGCAGUCAUGUGUCAGCAGUGUGAAGAGCAGCGGGCUGAGAACACAGCCCUGUGGGGCACCUGUGCUCAGUGUGAGUACACUCUGUAUCAGAACCCAUCUGCCUCUCGUCUCUCAGCUUUCCGAAUUAAGCAAGGUCACCAUGAAUCUCCCAGAGAGUACUAUGAGCGGCUAAGGAAAAUGUAUUUUGCUGAUAGAGAUGACUCUAGUGCAGAACAGGAUGUCAUGUUUAAGAAUGUUGACCGUAUGUCUGCAGGAGAACUGAGGCAACUUGCAGUGCGAGCAUGGGAAAGUGAGAGGGUAGGCACAAACAGGAAAGACAGAGAGCCAGAUACAGCUGUGCUUGAAUCAGGACAUGACACAAUCUCCAGCAGAGCACCCAGAGCCCUAGGUUCUCAAGUUACAGGGGACUUAACAGUCACAGGCAUGCCCCCAGAAAGGAGAGCAGGCAGUGGGAUGACAGAGUGCAAAGGCAGAAGAAGAGUAUGGGAAUACUCUCAAGAGAUGGCUAUGAGAAUGGCCACAAAUACUGUAGUCAUUACAGAAGUAGGAAAUCUAGAGGAACUGAGAGGAGCGUUUGCUAAUCUGGAAGAUAUCGCCGCGAUGUCAGCAUUUGCAAGGUUGCAAGGUCACUACCUGAUCUCUGAAAGGAGUGGUGGGGACCUUGGGCACAUAUCCAGGCCGGGGUCUCAAGACAACGUGAGAAUCCGCUGGUCCGAAUUCCAGGCACGAAUUGUUCACGGAGAGGGCUUGGAGGUCUCCCACUCUUUUGAUGGAAGUGAGCGCAGUCAAAAGAGCCGUCUUGAAGGAGAGAGCAUCGAGUCAUACAGCCGUCUGGUAGAGGGGGCUCUUGCCUGUAGAAGUGUGUUUACCACUGAAGGUGAAAGGUCUCUGAAGUCCUCCUGGUCGCGUCCAGGGACCAAAGGUGGAGGUUCCAAAGAUCGGGGCGCGGGUGCCAAAUUGUGCCCUUCCCCUGAGAAAGGAGGUCCUUCCUCAGAGGAAUGUGCCAGGGAGGGGCUGAUGCCAGGAGCACCAGGUCCGAGAACCAGGUCGGAACCUCCUCAGGGCCAGGAGCACUGCCAACAACUCCAGACAAUUUAUGUGCCAAAACAGUCGGGGCCUGUCCAGACCCCGGAAGCUGCCUGCCCGUUGCAGGUGGCACCCCAGCCUGUCUUGGAAGCAUCCGUGGUGACAACGAUGCGUCUGGACACCUGUUCCAGGGGAACUCCUGACCGUGUUGUGCGACCGUAUGUUUCUGAUAAUGGAAACAGCAUCCGACCGUCGAGUAGAGGGCCGGAGGUGCUGUAUAUUGCGCCCAGAGAAGAAGGAAAUUGCUCUUUUAUUGACCAUGUGGUGGCCGUCUGCCGUGUGGCAGACAGCCGGGUAGAAGCCGAAUCCAGCGCUCGUCCCCUCGUCGAGUGUGGAUCCGGACAGUGGCCUGAGGACGGGCUGGCGGUGCCACCUUCCUACGAGUGCUGGACCGUUGGACGGGUCUGGCUGCAGGACCGGCAGGUUGCGGGCCCUGAGCCACCCUCUGUUGUCUUUGGUGGGGCGGGAUCGGCUGUUGGAGCGCAGGUAGAUGCAGCGGUUAUUCAGAUCAGCAGCACUUCAUCUCAGGAAGGAGAGCAGAAUGGCCUCAUGGGAAGGGUUGAUGAAGGAGUAGAUGAGUUUUUCUCUAAAAAAGUCAACAAAAUAUUUGAUAAACGGCCAUCUUUAAAGAGUUCAGAGUCUCAGGACGGAGAUAAGAAACGUGAAUCUCGAAAGGGUGGUUUCCUCAACCUCAUCAAGUCCCGUUCCAGCAAACAUGAUAAAGAAAAGGACAAAGAUAAAGACAAGGAGAGGAACCAGGGCUCUGCACCAGCCCAGUCACAUAUUCCAUCCACAGCUGUGAGUCAGGCAGCUUCUUUGGCCGAGGAGGAGCCCUCAUCCCCUAAGAGCACCAUCCGGAGCCCACCACUUGACACAAAAGCCAAAUUCCAGACUCCACCCACAAACCACAGCAGCAGCUCUGAGCGCUCAGAGGAGCCAAAGACACCAGACUCUGUGGAUUCUGAGCUUUCGGAAGGAAGUCCUCAGGGCAGUCGUAGAUAUGGCAUGCAGGUGAUUGGCAGUGGACUACUGGCAGAAAUGAAGGUCAAACAAGAAAAAAGAGGUCCCUUUUGCUCUCAUAAGAUAUUAGAGUCCACAUCAACUUCAGACAGGUCAGAUGGGCUCUUAUCAGGAAAGGUCCAGUCUCUAGAGAACCAUUCUUCUGUGCUAAAAAGGGGCGAGGGGAAUCUUAUCUCCCCAAAAAAAGUAUCUUGUGGCCCAGGGGAGGUAAAGCCAGAGACAACACAGAGACCCAGGACUUCCACAUCCCCAAAAACUCCACCGCAAGGCACAAGACCAGCCCUAUCUGCUAUACCUGUCAUCCUUCAAAAAACACGAACCAGCAGUGUUAGAAGCAUAGAUGAGAGCUCUGAUUCUCCUACUGAAGACCCCAGUAGUCUAAGCCUGGUGUCAGCACUUCGCAAGGUGCCCUCAGAGAAAACAGAGACCACCACUCCUACACAGACCAGCAAGAACUCUGCUUAAGAUGCAUAUCUUCUCAGUCGGAAUUUCCUCUGUGACUGACACUUCCCAGAAAUUCAGCCGCCUGAACUUUCAAGUGAGCGGCUCAGUGGCCAAGGACAUGACACCCAACAGCAACAAGGACAAGAACACAAAUCUGCUGACUCUGUGGAAGAGGUUGAUAAAAACUUAACUUUUAUAUAAGAUAGGAAGACUGCUUCAUCACACAUUCGUACCAAAAAUUAAAAAUCUUUCUUAACUGUAGCAUCCAAAAUCCAAACUCAGUCAUGGUGGUGUUAUGUGGUUUGAUGUAAUAAAUCAACAUGGGUGCUACUGUAUGUGAUGUCAUCCGUUAAGAAGCAACUUUUUGCAUUGUAGUACAUUCACUAAUAAUUUAAUACCAUGGCUAAUACACUGUUAAACUAUGUUGGCGGGCAUAUGUGCGCGUUCUCACUGUGUUAAAAUAGCCUAUAUUUUCUCUUAAAAACAGCAGACAAAUCUAUAAUAUAGGUCUUUCUUUUUUUUUUUUUUUUUUUUUAACUUUUAUGCCUUACUUAAAGCAUGACAUUGAGGGCAUUUCAUUUUGCGGUGUUUGAAAAUUAAACUGUGUAUACACAACAAAUAUUAUGUAAAGAGUGAGUGACAAAUUUCCUAUUGAAUGGUCUCUACAGUUGUGUCACUGAUGCAUGUGGGGAAACCCCUGUUUACUCUGUUACUGAACCCUGAUUUGUGUAGCUGCAAGAUAUUAGCUACACUUACACAGCAAAUGCUAAGACUCUUCUCAAAAAACAUUAGCCUUAUAGAUAUAGUGUUUUUGAAUAAAGAAAACACUGCACUUAUUUAAACAUCAGUUCUUUAUUUAUCUUUACUCUGAGGACGAGCAGAGAUCUGUCUGCACUUCAGACUGUGUGUGGCAUUUCAUUCUAAAUGGGGGCUUUUCAUUGGUUAAAUAUUUGUAAAACCCACAAACAGACAUAAAGAUGAGCAAUAGCAAUGAUUAAAAAAUAAUCAUA